GCUUCGUUUUACGAUUAGAGAUAUAGUAAAGCCGUCCCCCGAGGCCUUGUUCAGUUAUGAGAAAAUAACAAUCGUAAACAUUACACCGCCCUUUGCCUCUAUAAUAUAUGAUUCGUUUGAACACAUCAAUCGAACAGACUCUCACGUUCGUAUCGUAAGCUCCGUAUGGGGCUGGACUGAUGAGGCACUCAGAAGACUCUUCCAGUCUUUUAGGGCAAUUGAACAAACAUAUGACGUCACGAUUUAUUUUAUAAGUCAAAAUCAGGAUUUUGUAGUGCACGGACAGGAUCUAGAAAAAACAAACGCCGCGCGCCCAGAGAGGCCACCGUUGUAUAUAUUUCACCAAGAAGACCCAACACGCCAGCCAAUACAACUACAGAACCCAUUGAUGAACAAGUCCCAGUCUUUGUCGGCGCUAGCACUGUCGAAGAAGAUCUAA